AUGGUUGAUGCUGAUGAUGCACAAGAAGAAUUUGGAUGGAAAUUAGUUCAUGGUGAUGUAUUUCGACCACCACAACGAGGUAUGCUCCUCUCUGUUCUCAUCGGCAAUGGUACUCAAAUUGCUAUUAUGUCAUUGAUUACUUUGAUUUUUGCUUGUCUUGGUUUUCUUUCACCAGCAAGUCGUGGGGCUUUGAUGACUUGUGCGAUCGUCUGUUAUGUUCUUUUGGGAACACCAGCUGGAUAUACUUCAGCUCGUUUAUAUAAAAUGUUCGGCGGUGAAAAAUGGAAAAAGAACGUUGUAAUGACGGCUGUUGCAUGUCCAGGUGUGAUAUUUGGAAUCUUUUUUAUUUUGAACAUUGUUCUUUGGGCAAAUGGAAGUUCAGCAGCUAUUCCAUUUACUACAUUUAUAGCAUUACUUGCUCUUUGGUUUUGUGUUUCAACACCAUUAGUAUUUAUUGGAGCAUAUCUUGGUUUCAAACGUCCUGUUUCAGAAAAUCCAGUUCGAACAAAUCAAAUUCCACGUCAAGUUCCAGAACAAACAUUAUAUACUAAACCAUUACCAGGUAUUUUGAUGGGUGGUAUUCUACCAUUCGGUUGUAUAUUCAUUCAACUCUUCUUCAUUUUAAACAGUAUUUGGGCACAUCAAUAUUAUUACUUUUUUGGAUUUUUACUUGUUGUUUAUGUUAUUCUUAUUAUAACAUGUUCAGAAACAACUAUUCUUCUUUGCUAUUUUCAUUUAUGUGCUGAGGAUUAUAAUUGGUGGUGGCGAUCAUUUUUAACAUCGGGUUUUACCGCCGUUUAUUUCUUUUUAUAUUGUGUUUAUUAUUUUGCAACAAAACUUGAAAUAUCAGAUGGUACAUCAACAUUUCUUUAUUUCGGUUAUACAUUGAUGUUGACAUUUAUAUUAUUUUUAUUUACCGGUACAAUCGGGUUCCUUGCUUGUUUCUGGUUUGUUCGAAUAAUUUAUUCUGUCAUCAAAGUAGAUUAA